AUGUGCAGUAUCUUAUCUGUGCAGACUAUUAACACUCCAGAAAACGUGGACAUCACUCUGAAGGGACACACGGUUAUUGUGAAGGGCCCCAGGGGCACCCUGUGGAGGGUCUUCAAUCACAUUAAUGUAGAACUCGGCCUCCUUGGAAAGAGAAAGAGGCUCCGGGGUGACGAAUGGUGGGGAAACAGAAAGGACCUGGCUAUCGCUGGCACUAUCUGUAGUCACAUACGGAACACGAUCAAGGGUGUCACACUGGGCUUCCGCUACAAGAUGCGGUCUCUGAACUCUCACUUCCCCGUCCACACUAUCAUUCAAAAGAAUAGCCUUCUUGUUGAAAUCCAAAAUUUCUUGGGCAAAAAAUACAUCCGCAGGGUUUGGAUGAGGCCAGGCGUUGCCUGUUCACUAUCUCAAGCCCAGGAAGAUGAGUUAGUUCUUGAAGGAGGUGGCAGUGAACGUGUAUCAAACUCGGCUGCUUGGAUUCAUGAGCCAUAA